CAGAAAAUUGCAAAAUAAUGCUAUUAUAUUAUCCUUCCAACCUGUCCACCAAUCACGAUCCAAAUAUUUCCUCGACUGGGUCCGGUUCUCUUCCAUUCCCCUCCACGAGUUCAAUAUGAGCGCUCUCUCCAGUGCGAUGUGGAGGACAGUCCUUGGCGACAUUGGUGAGUGAGCGAGUGAAGCCGACCAAAACACUCCCUGAGCCAACCCAAAACCACCACCACAACCGCCGGCCGUACGCCGGGAAAGAUGCCGAUCAGGGAAAUCGCCAUCGUCCGGCCCGAGGACUGCCACCCGGACGCCCUUAAGGCGGCGCUGGCCGAGUUCUUCUCCACCCUCAUCUUCGUGUUCGCUGGUGAGGGCUCUGGCAUGGCCUUCAACAAGCUGACGGACGACGGCUCCACUACCCCCGCCGGUCUCGUCGCCGCCGCGCUCGCCCACGGGUUCGGCCUCUUCGUCGCCGUCUCCGUCAGCUUCAAAAUCUCUGGCGGCCACGUCAACCCCGCCGUCACCUUGGGCGCCUUCGUCGGCGGCAACAUCAGCCUUCUCUGUGGGAUCCUAUACUGGAUCGCCCAGCUCCUCGGGUCCACCGUCGCUUGCUUGCUUCUCAAGUUCGCCACCGGCGGAUUGACCACGUCAGCAUUCUCGCUAUCCUCGGGGGUGAGCGCGUGGAACGCGUUCGUGCUGGAGAUCGUGAUGACUUUCGGGCUGGUGUACACUGUGUACGCCACGGCAUUUGACCCGAAGAGAGGCAAAUUGGAGAUCAUAGCUCCGAUCGCCAUUGGCUUCAUCGUCGGUGCCAAUAUCUUGGCCGGGGGUGCCUUCGACGGGGCGUCGAUGAACCCGGCCGUGUCGUUCGGUCCCGCCCUGGUGAGCUGGAGCUGGGACAACCACUGGGUCUACUGGGCCGGGCCUCUGAUCGGUGGCGGUCUCGCGGGGCUCAUCUACAAGGUCGUCUUCAUCAGCCACACCGGCCACGAGCAGUUGUACACCCCCGACGACUAGAGGAAGUCGGUUGGUCUCUUCACUUUGAAGAGUCUGGACGGCUUUUGCUUCUUCUUUUCUGGUGUAUUUAUUUUCCCUCCAUGUUCUUCGGAGGAACUUUCUUCUGUGUCUCAUCGUUGCUUCGUUUUCGUCAUGACCACCGUUUGUUUCCCCCUUGAAAUGCUCUCUGUGUGAGUCAGUCACUCUAAAGGCAAGGGGGUCCGGAUUUGUCUUA